GUCAGAGCGCUAAGAAGCCAGGGAAUGGGGAGGGAGGGAAACCGGUCCCCGGACGGCUGCGAGCGGGAAAGAGUUGUGCGGGGCGAGGGGGCGCACGGGAAGCUGCGAGCCGUUUGCUGGUGGAUGGAGUUGCAGGCUCUGCGAGGCCGGAGCCCACGGGCUUGCCAAGGGGAAAAAUUUGCGGCAGGAACUUCCUACCGAGGGACAGAAAAGCAGGAGAGAAGGAGGCAGGGAGAGACUUGAAACGUCUCAGUAACUUUAAAAACACACCAAAACACCCGUUCAGGAGAUGAGGUAAGCCGAGGUUAGCCAACCCGGAUUGGUUGUGAAACAUCAGACAAACCCAGAGCCGCUGUGGCUUUAAGCAAGCCAAGGAAAUAUGUUUUUCUUACCCAAAUACUUUUUUCCCCCCUCGUCCUUGCUCCCUCCCUUGUCCCUCCUUCCACCUCGCCCGGUCCCUUCCUCUUUCCCGGUCUCCCUUUCCUCGAUCAUCCGGCUCGCCCGCCCUCCCCCAUCUGAUUAGGCGCGGACCGGGAAGGGUGGGAGUGGUGGGGGAAGCUCUCCCUUUAAGAGGCAGCUUGCAGUGACGAAUUGUUGAAAUUGCCAUUGCAGGAUGGCAUGCCGCUAUAAAUUCAUUGUUCCACCUCCUCGCAUCUUCACAGCGCUCGCGCUGCUCUCCGCGCUCGCAGCGGCCGACUGGGGAUGACGGCGGGCAGGAGGACACAGCAUCCGAAGGGACACGGACGCGCCGCUUCACUGGCUCCCCGCAGGCCGCCCCUGGCAUUUUUGUUUUAAUUUUUAUGGCCUUUUUUCCUCUCUUUCUUCCUUUCCUCCUGGUUCCAGUAGAGUCGAGGAAACCCACAAAAUAAGAAAGGAAGUGGGCUCCGGAGCUUGGAACCCCCUCCGCCGGCGGGUCCAGAGCGGCAAGGGGGCGGGUGGCAGCGCGCACUAGUUGCCUGCCUGGUGCGCGGCACCUUCCUUACUUUUCUUGGUGCAGCGAGAGCGGCUGCCUUUGGGGGUUGGAUUGGGGUUUUUCCCUUUUUCUCAUAUUUGCUGAAUCUCAACCACCCGGCUUUCCUCUUUUUCUUUUUUUCUUCUUUCCGGAGCACGAAUCCAAACAUUUUCCAAACCAACAAAGAAAAGUUCGCACGCUGGCACUGCGGCCAGGACAGGCUGGCGCUGCUGCCGGGUCCCCCUCCCUCCCUCCGACACUUGACUCAACCUUGCAAGCAAGUGUGUGUGUGCCCCCACCUCCCGCCCCGGUAACUUCCAUAGCGAAUAACAAAUACCCAUAAAGUCCCCGACGCGCAGCCCCUCCCCGCGGGCAGCGCACUAUGCUGCUCGGGUGGGCGUCCCUGCUGCUGUGCGCGCUCCGCCUGCCCCUGGUCGCCGCCGGCCCCGCCGCGGCACCUGCCCAGGAUAAAACCGGGCAGCCUCGGGCUGCUGCAGCGGCCGCCCAGCCCCGCCGGCGGCAGGGGGAGGAGGCGCAGGAGCGGGCCGAGCCUCCGGGCCACCCGCACCCCCUGGCGCCGCAGCGCAGGAGCAGCGGGCUGGUGCAGAACAUCGACCAGAUCUACUCGGGCGGCGGCAAGGUGGGCUACCUCGUCUACGCAGGCGGCCGGAGGUUCCUCCUGGACCUGGAGCGGGAUGGUUCGGUGGGCGCCGCUGGCUUUGUGCCCGUAGGAGGCGGGCCGAGCGCGACUCGGCGCCACCGGGGCCACUGCUUCUACCGGGGCACGGUGGACGGCAGCCCCCGCUCCCUGGCUGUCUUUGACCUCUGCGGUGGUCUCGACGGUUUCUUCGCAGUCAAGCACGCGCGUUACACCUUGAAGCCGCUACUGCGCGGGCCCUGGGCCGAGACAGAGACCGGGCGCGUGUACGGGGACGGAUCCGCUCGGAUCCUGCACGUCUACACUCGCGAAGGCUUCAGCUUUGAGGCCCUACCGCCGCGCACCAGCUGCGAGACCCCCGCGUCGCCGCCAGGGUCCCGUGAGCGCCCCCCGGCGCACAGCAGCCCGGAGCCACGCUGGGCGCUGGCCCCGCAGUUCCCUGACCAGUCGGCUACCUCGUCCGAUGGGGGCCAGGGAUCACAGACGUGGCGGCGGCGGCGCCGCUCCAUCUCCCGGGCCCGCCAGGUGGAGCUGCUCCUGGUGGCUGACGCGUCCAUGGCGCGGAUGUACGGCCGGGGCCUGCAGCACUACCUGCUGACCCUGGCCUCCAUCGCCAACCGGCUGUACAGCCACGCCAGCAUUGAGAACCACAUCCGCCUGGCCGUGGUGAAGAUGGUGGUACUGGGUGACAAGGACAAGAGCUUGGAGGUGAGCAAGAACGCGGCCACCACACUCAAGAACUUCUGCAAGUGGCAGCACCAGCACAACCAGCUGGGGGAUGACCAUGAGGAGCACUACGAUGCGGCCAUUCUGUUUACUCGAGAGGAUUUAUGUGGGCAUCAUUCAUGUGACACCCUGGGAAUGGCAGACGUUGGGACCAUAUGCUCUCCAGAGCGCAGCUGUGCUGUGAUUGAAGAUGAUGGCCUCCACGCAGCUUUCACCGUGGCUCACGAAAUUGGACAUCUACUUGGCCUUUCCCAUGACGAUUCCAAAUUCUGUGAAGAGAACUUUGGUUCGACAGAAGAGAAGCGCUUAAUGUCUUCCAUCCUAACCAGCAUUGACGCAUCCAAGCCGUGGUCCAAAUGCACCUCGGCCACCAUCACAGAAUUCCUGGAUGAUGGUCAUGGUAACUGUUUGCUAGACCUUCCACGAAAGCAGAUCCUGGGCCCUGAAGAACUCCCAGGUCAGACCUAUGACGCCACCCAGCAGUGCAACCUGACGUUCGGGCCCGAGUACUCAGUGUGUCCCGGCAUGGACGUCUGUGCGCGCCUGUGGUGCGCCGUGGUGCGCCAGGGCCAGAUGGUGUGUCUGACCAAGAAGCUGCCAGCUGUGGAAGGGACACCAUGUGGCAAAGGGAGGAUUUGCCUGCAGGGCAAGUGUGUGGACAAAACCAAGAAAAAAUAUUAUUCAACAUCAAGCCAUGGCAACUGGGGGUCCUGGGGGUCCUGGGGCCAGUGUUCUCGCUCAUGUGGGGGAGGAGUUCAAUUUGCCUAUCGCCACUGCAAUAAUCCUGCUCCCAGAAACAAUGGCCGCUACUGCACAGGAAAGAGGGCCAUCUACCGAUCCUGCAGUGUCACACCCUGUCCGGCUAAUGGUAAAUCUUUUCGCCAUGAGCAGUGUGAGGCCAAAAAUGGCUAUCAGUCUGAUGCAAAAGGAGUCAAAACAUUUGUGGAAUGGGUUCCCAAAUAUGCAGGCGUCCUGCCGGGGGACGUGUGCAAGCUGACCUGCAGGGCAAAGGGCACCGGCUACUACGUGGUGUUUUCUCCAAAGGUGACUGAUGGGACCGAAUGUAGGCCAUACAGUAAUUCCGUCUGCGUCCGGGGGAAGUGCGUGCGCACCGGCUGUGACGGCAUCAUUGGCUCAAAGCUGCAGUAUGACAAGUGCGGAGUUUGUGGAGGAGACAACUCCAGUUGUACAAAGGUUGUUGGAACCUUCAAUAAAAAAAGUAAGGGUUACACUGAUGUUGUGAGGAUCCCAGAAGGGGCAACCCACAUAAAAGUCCGACAAUUCAAAACCAAAGACCAGACUCGGUUCACUGCCUACUUAGCCCUUAAGAAGAAAAAUGGUGAGUACCUUAUCAAUGGAAAGUACAUGAUCUCCACUUCGGAAACCAUCAUUGACAUCAACGGAACAGUCAUGAACUACAGCGGAUGGAGCCACAGGGAUGAUUUCCUGCACGGAAUGGGCUACUCGGCCACGAAGGAAAUUCUAAUAGUGCAGAUUCUUGCAACAGACCCAACGAAAGCAUUAGAUGUCCGUUACAGUUUUUUCGUUCCCAAGAAGCCCACUCAAAAAGGAAACUCCGUCACUAGCCAUGGCAGCAAUAAAGUGGGAUCGACAACUCCACAACUGCAGUGGGUGACGGGCCCGUGGCUCGCCUGCUCUAGGACCUGUGACACAGGCUGGCACACCAGGACGGUGCAGUGCCAGGAUGGAAACCGGAAGUUAGCCAAGGGAUGUCUUCUCUCUCAGAGGCCUUCUGCGUUUAAGCAAUGUUUGCUGAAGAAGUGUUAGCCUGUGGUUAUGAUCUUACACAGAGAUAACUGGAUGAUUCAUCGCUGGCCAGUCAUGAUGAAUGGUAGUGAUCAGUCGUGGUGAAUAAGAGGUCACAAAGCACAGAAAGUCACGCUUCGGCAUCAUUGUCAACAGGAGUCCAAUUAUGGGCAGAAUCUGCUCUCCGUGACCAAAUGAAGAUGUGCACUGUUUCAUGUGACAGUGGUGACCUUUGCAUAUAGAAAACUUGGGAGUUAUUGAACAUCACCUGGGCCUACAAGAAUGAAAAAAAAACACUGAUGAAUGUAGAAUCAGGGCACAUUUGAAGAUGGCAGAACAGCAGUCUCCCCCUUGUCACCUACCUCUUAGAGAAUGUCUUCAAAGACAUUGUAAUCAUUUUCACCCGUGAUGCACAGUAGCUUAUUUUUACUGUUUGUAAAUACAUUUUCCCUUGAUAUGUCACUUUAUAUCACUUGGUUCUAUUAAAAAAAAAUAUAUGUAUAUAUAUAUUUCUAUAAAGAAGUGUUUGACCAAAGUAGGUCUGCAGCUAUUUCAACUUCUUCCAGUUUCCAGAAAGAGCUGUGGAUGUUUUACUGGAAAUUAAGAACUUGCUGCUGUUUUAAUAAGAUUUAGAAUACUUUCAGACUACAGGAGAUAAAAUUUUAGUCAAAAAACCAUUUUGACAGCAAGCAUCUUCUGAGAAAUUCUGAAAAGAAAAAUGAUCUCAGUGUCUCACCAUUGAAAUACAUACACGGGUCCACUUACUUAAACCUUUGACUGCCUGUAUUUUUUCAGGGAGCUAGCCAAAUUAACGCCUAAUUAGGAUGUAGGAGUAGUGUCUGCGUGUGUGUAUGUUAUCAGUUUUCAAGAGUCUAAAAAUUAGUUUCCUCCUGUUAGAAAUUAAAAGGCAAAAAAAAAAACAAACCCAUACUUCACCAUAUUUUCAGGUUAUAUUUUCACAACUGCUUUUCCUUUCUAUGGCUCCCCUCUGAUAUCUCACAAUGUGUCAUAUACAGACAAAACACACAGUGAAGAGUUUUCUAUCCCCUUCAACACUGGUAUACCUCUUACCAGCAAGCCUUUAAAAUGUGUUGUGUUUUGCUUGUUUGUUUUGUUCAAGGGUUGUGUAAGACCUACAAUGUUUUGUUCUUCUCUCUGACUUAGUUUAAUAGGAAUAUUACAGAUCACUUGGUAGCUCGCCACAUCUAGACAUGGUUAUCAUUAAUGUGGCUAGUGCAAAAGAAAGUGGUUAAUAUUAAUAAGACUGUUUCCACACCCUAGAGGCAAUAACUCCUGCAUUGCUUUUUUGGUUUUUAAAUUCGAGUACACUAACACUGUACCUAAGAUUUUCCCCAAUUGGACCUCAUUUGGUCGUACCAGUAAGUGUUUGAAUGAUGAAAUGUGAUGAUUUUCGAGAAGUUCAUUGCUUUUAUUUCCAUAGCCUGUCUAGGUAGGUUGUAAGUUUGGAUAGUUAGACAUGGAAAAUUUAUACAGUCAUAUGCAUAAAAAUCUCUUUUUAGACAGUAAACUGCAUUCCUUCACCCCAUAACUCAGAAAAUCUAAGGUGUUUCAUUUCAUUGAGAUUUCUUUUUCUUUGUGAAAUAUCACAAAGCCAAUUGUUUUUAUAAAAUUUUUUAAUAAUCACACCAAAUGUGCCUAUUGUUAAAGAGUUGCAUAUAAGGAUGUUAGGGGACCGUUGUUUGAGUUCCCUUAAGCUCAUGAGAGUUUAUUUUUAUUAUAAGAUAUUUUUAAUAUAAAAGAAUUAUGUCAUUGAUGUUGCUAUAUCACUUUCAUUUCAGUGGGACAGGAGAAGGGAUGUCUCACUGUUUUAAGUAGUUUCUUAAGAAAUUAUUUGGUAAGACAAAUAAUUGUUUUACAAAACUGAUAAUCAUCCUUUGGAUUUUCGUAGACUGACUUUACUUUUGACAUAAUAAUUUUUCUUAAUAACUUAUCAUUUAGAGAAAUGAAGCCUGUAUAGGACUAGUAACCUACAGUUGAUGGAAGUCGCCAGAUAUCAGGGGCAGGGAACAAAGAUAUCCACAUCAGUCAGAAAAGCUUUUAAAUCACACCAACCAUUUGACUAUGCAGAGAGAAUGAAUAGUGAGGCCCAACAUUACUUUUUCCAAUUUUUAAAAUAAUUUUAAUCAAGUAGCUGAACUAUGCCAAAAUUUAUUUUGAUCUUUUGUGGUUAUAUUCUCAGCAAUAUUAAAAAUAAUCAAAGAUCAAACGUGAUUGUCUGCUACUCUGCUUCUCUAUACUGUAUUCAUUCAUAAUUUUUUUAACAUGGUUUAUCAUGAUGCCUUUUUUCCCCAUAUUAUGAAGUGUUACACUUCUCUUUGAAAGAAUCCUAGAGAGCAUAGAACAAAGAAACCACUAUUCCAUGCUUUUAAGGAGUUUUCUUUAGGUUUUGUGUAUUAGGAUCAAUAGAUUGACUGAGGAAUGUAUGUCAAAACUCCUGAGAAAAAUGAUAUAGACUGGAAGCUGAAAUUCAGAAAAAUGGAGUGUUCAGUAGAUAUAGAAAAUGAUAGGCAAAGGGAGAACCCUCUUUAACAAAAUCUAAUUCAGUCCACUUUGAUUUUGGACUAUACCAUUCACCUUUCCAUAGCUGCAUCUUGAAUAAAGAGUCUAGGAUUUAUGAUGCUAGGGACCACUUUCUCAAAAAAAAAAAAAAAAGAGUUUGUCUGAAAAUGCUCAGGUUAGUAAGAAUCUAAUCUCACUCACAAAACUAAACACUCCAGAUUAAUUUUCAUUAAAUAUAAAGGGAGCCCGGAAGAAAUUAACAUUGAUUUCUUCCAGAACAGAAAAGGUCAAAUUGAACCCCACCUUGUUAUUUAGAGGUUUAAGGAUAUUGUUUUAAUUUAUUUAUUCAACAAAUUCAACUUCCUUUGCCUUCCUGUGGAAACAGUUUUAUCCCAUUAAACUAAGAAUUAAGGGGUUAAUCACAAACAAAAAAAGUUGCAGCACUGAAAAAAAAGUAAUUUAUUGUUUUUGCAACUGGUAUGUGAAUUUGUGUGAUAAAAUUAUUUAUUCUUAUUUAACAAAACUAUGUGCAAAUUCUAUAUUUAAAAUGUUUUGCUGUUGUCCUACUUUUUAAUUUAUGCUUCAUGUUUGUGUAUAAAGUACACUUUGUGAGUUUACAUAAUAUACAGCACUGGUUGCUUUUGUAUUUUUUUAUCGAAAGCUUUCUGCGUGAAACAGGUGUAUCUGUAUAUAUUCCUCAUGUAUCCUUAUUCUGAUAAUACCAUUUUCCUUUCUAAGGAAAAGUUAAAUUUAAUCUUUCAUGACUAGUAGUGUUCAUUACUUGUAAUUACAUUAAUAGGUCUGUUGUGUCCUAUUAAUAUUAAUUUUCCCAAGUCACAGAUAAGAAAACUACUUAUUUUAGAAACUAAGGUCCAAGUUUUAAACUUGGGUAUGUACAUAGCCUGGAAGCUUCCCAUAGAAGCUAAGAUACAGUUAAGAAUCAGGUCCAUUCACUUCACUGAUAAACUUGGACAAGGAGAUGUUGAUGUAUAUGAAAGGUGGGUACACACAACCUCUGAGUGAUAUCAAUGAUAAUAAAACCAAAUAUUGUCUUUUGCUGCUUUAGAAACACUCCUUAGAAUUAAUAUCAUAUAGUCUCCAAUGUCUGUAGGAUUCUAUAGACGGCAGUAAACAAAUUGCAUUUAAAUGAUUCAAAUAUUAAUAGUCAUAACUCUUUCUAUAAAUUUGGGGUCUCCAUUGAUAGAGUGUGAGUUUUUACUGCUAGUAAUGAAUCUCAUAGAGUGAUAAAAGGAAUUGGGACAGGCAGGGACACUUCUGAUCAUCUGUUUCCCUCUGAUUGUGAUUUCACAGCCUGGUCACAGCCACAAGGCAAAGUACCUUUGGACACAGGAUUGACCAGUUCAAUCUCUGGUUCUGACCUUUCUCCCAUUGACUCCUUUCUUAUUAACAAGGUCAUUGUAAUGGUUAAGGUAAGGAUGGCAGCCGGAUUCAAAGAAGUCCAGGACUUUUGCUAUGACUUAGUGUUCACUGUUUGUGAAAUAAGAUUGAAUUUAAUAAUGACGAAAUUUUGCUAACACUUUAUGGCUAAGUGUGAAAUCCCAUUGGCAUGAUUGGUGAAUAUUACUAACCUAUUUAUAAUUAAACUUGAGGUCAUAAAAAUACCUUAUAUUUUUUAACAUUUCAAAGCUACAAAACAAAUGAAUAACCAUGAGUACAGGAAUGAUCAUCCAAAACUAUAGUAGAACCAAGUGCAAGGUCAAGGAGAUCUAUGAUUUAGUCAUACAGAACAGGAGCUUGUAUGUUUCCUCUGUUAUUUUUCUCAUUUACCAACACCCUGUAGUUUUAGAUUGUCAAAUAGGUAGAUCAACUUAAUUGAUUAAUCCACUGAGAAAGCAGUCUUCCUAAUAGCCCCCCUGCUGGCAUGAACUACAGAAGUGACUUCUGAAGUUUUAUCGCCAUGAAACACAGCCUAUACGCUUAGUUACGUUCUUGUCAAUUAGUAUAUGAGAACAUAUUGAAAUAAGAGCCCACGUAUUAGUGAGACAAAAAAUGGAAAUAUCCGUGGUGUUUAGAUCAGAAAACCAUUCAGUUUGGCAAAUGUCUUUCUAGUGCCACGACACCCUAAUUCUCAAUGCAGAUUUUAUGAAGGAAGUAAAGGAAUACAUUGUUGGAAGAUGUUGGUUUUAAAAGAGAAUAAGACUGAAAUGUACAUAUUAGUUAACUCAGCUAAUUGCACCCUCCUAAUAUACUAGCACUUAGCAAUAAGUUUGCUGUCUGUGGUCCUUGUCCCAGAGCUCCACCAACUGGUCCAUGUGGACUGCCAUGGGUCAAAUGAAAAAAAAACAGGUAAUAGCCCAUCAUCCUGUAAGGCACUGCCACAUCAGAGUGACCCAAAGUCUAACACUGUGAGGAAAACUGUGAUUUGUAAAUAAAACAGGGCAUUUUUUUUCAUUUUCCUUUGGCACAUCCAAUGAACAAUUGUCAUUUUUAUCGGGGUGCUAACAUCUCCAGUGAUCAAUUGUCAAAUGUCUUUCCAAGUUGCUAUUUUAUUCUACAAGAUUUUUCAAUUUCCAAGAAAGAGCUCAGUUUUUUGUCAAGACUGGACACAGCUUGAUACUCAAAGUUUGGGAAAUUGCAUCUCGUGGUCACUCUGAUUGGCAGCGUUCAAUGACACGAGGUAUAGGAGCAUCGAGGAUGUUUAAGGUGACAUCAAAACUUGAAGAGUAUCCCACUGGAAUAGCAGACUUUGAGAUGAGUCACGUUUCAUCACUUACUAAGCCAUCAGUGUUCUUUUCAAACAUUCCUUUCAAACAAACUUGUUUGUUUCCUAUACACAAACAAACUUUCGUGUAUAGUUGGCCUGACUUUUUAAGCUUUGCAAUAUUUUAUAUCCGUAGUAAACCCAUGGCUAUUAGUACAACUCGGACUUUUCUUUAACAAUUCACAACAUAUUAGAAACACUUCAGCUCAUACUGAGAGUUUAUUUAGAAUAGAAGAUCAGACUGUGUGUGACUUUGUGAGGCUAGACUUUAGAUUAAUGUAUAUUGUCUCUGGAUGGUAUGUUUCAUUACAUACUCAGGCAUGACAUACAUGUGGCAAUUGACAAAUACUGCUUACGUUUUAUGAUGUAUUAGCCAGAGGAAAUCAUGCACAUGCUUUGUAAAUAGACCACAGAUAACUAAACAGGUUACAGAAAUGUGUUCAAUUUGAUGUAAGCAGUGGCACAAAUAUUUGAUUUCUGUAUUAGAGUCUGUGAGUAAAGUCAAGUAAUAAACCCAAGUAGGUAUAACUGAGAUUUUUAAAUCUUGAAACAUGCUUUCAAAAUAGAGUAAAAUAUUGAAGAUUUACAUACUGUAUAUAAGCGGUAAACUAUAAGCUGCUUAUUACCCUCAAUUUUCCAAAAGUGAUGGUAUUUUUUCGGUAAAUAUAAUGCAAGUGAAAAACCAAAAAUCUUGGAAAACUAAGACAGGUCUUGUUUAAAAUGUCUCUUCAGCUUUGGCAAAUUUCAAACCUGGAUCAGCUAUUGAACGCAUUACUGUGUGUUGCAGCCCGCACUCCACAACAGCUCUGUUAUUCAGGUAAACCACUUGAACUGAGUUGUUUGGGACCUAUACUGUAAUAUGUUUUAUUGAGGAACAAUAUCUUAUUUUGUAAAGCAUUUCCCUAUGUGUGACUUUAAACUGUAACAUUAAACAUUGGCUUUGUGGUUUCAGCGGGAUAAUAAAUAUUAAUUGUAAACUAGG